UGUAUUUCCGCGUUCACGACGGCCGAGCUGUUAUCAAUGACUCUCCAUGGGUGUGCAGGGCUUCACCUAACGGUUCUCAUCAUCCUCUCCUCCGGCUGCGGCUGUUGUCUCCUCUCUGGAUGAAUGAAGCUUUAAACGUCUGAGGUCCUCCUCCUCCUCCUCCUCUUCCUCCUCCUCCGCCUCUUGUUCUCCAUCGAGGCUGCCGUCGACCAGCGUGGCCGAGCUGGGGGGGAAUCCGGGCAAAGGGAGCCGCGGCGCCGAGCACCGGCCGACGGACGCCCCGCCGCGACGCGCCACCAACAUGCUCACCCGGGUCAAGUCCGCAGUGGCCGGGUUCAUGGGUGGAAUCAUGGCCGGGGGCGGCUCCGGCGGAGGAGGCCACACUGGUUCCGACAUGCCGCUGAAAUUCCCAUAUAUGAGACCCGACUUCCUUGGCCUGUCCCCGGACGAGAUCGAGUGCUCCGCGGACCACAUGGCUCGGCCCAUCCUCAUCCUGAAGGAAACGAGGAGAUUACCGUGGGCCACCGGAUACGCAGAGGUGAUUAAUGCAGGGAAGAGUGCGCUGAAUGAAGACCAGGCCUGCUGCGAGGUGGUCGUGGCGAGGAGGAGGCCGAUGAGCUACUGCCCUCCCUCCACGCCCAGCAGGACCCCCACGGCCAAGAGACGCACGUCGCUGCCCAACGGGGAGGGCCUGGGUCUCCGUGUGGAGCACAGCAAGCUGGGAGAGGACAGUGAAGGACUGGUGUUCCACUACUGGGCCUUGUUCGACGGCCACGCCGGCUCAGGUGCAGCGGUUGUCGCCUCCCGCCUUCUGCAGCACCACAUCGCCUGCCAGCUCCAGGCCGUCAUCGAGAUCCUACGCAAUCUAGCCUCCUUGCCCCCGACUGUCCUGGGUGAGGAGCCCGACAACAACCCCUACCUCCAGGGGAACACCCCGGGCCCUCACCGAGGCCUGACCCGGGCCGCUUCCCUGCGCGGGUCCGCAGGUGCGCCAGCUUCCCCGUGCAACACCCCGCCUCAACCUCGCUUCUUUACCGAGAAGAAGAUCCAGCACGAGAGUCUGGUGAUAGGAGCCAUAGAGAACGCCUUUAAAGAGAUGGAUGCCCAGAUUGAGAGGGAGAAGCAAGUCUUUAACAUCACGGGAGGAUGUACGGCUCUCACUGUGGUUUACCUCCUCGGAAAACUAUACAUUGGGAAUGCAGGCGACAGCAGGGCUAUCAUCGUUAGAAACAAUGAGAUCGUUCCCAUGUCGACAGAGUUCACGCCGGAAUCAGAACGACAGCGGCUGCAGUUCCUGGGUUUCAUGCAGCCCCACCUCUUAGGACACGAGUUCACGCACCUGGAAUUUCCCCGGAGAAUUCAGAGGAAGGAGGUGGGCAAGAGGAUGCUCUACAGAGAUUUCACCAUGAAUGGAUGGGCGUACAAGACCAUUGGGAAUGAAGAUCUCAAGUUCCCACUAAUAUAUGGGGAAGGGAAAAAGGCACGAGUGUUGGCCACCAUCGGUGUAACCCGUGGGCUCGGUGACCAUGACCUCAAAGUUCAUGACUCCAACAUCUACAUCAAACCGUUCCUUUCCUGUUGCCCUGAGGUGAAGGUAUACAACCUGAUUCAGUAUGAGCAUGGGGCCGAUGAUGUUCUGGUAAUGGGAACCGACGGCCUCUGGGAUGUCCUCUCCAACCAGGAAGUGGCCGAAGCCGUCACCACAUUCCUGGCCAACUGUGACCCUGAUGACCUACACAGGUAUACCAUGGCAGCACAAGACUUGGUGAUGCGAGCGCGUGGCGUGCUGAGAGACCGAGGCUGGAGGAUCACCAAUGAGCGCCUGGGCUCCGGGGAUGACAUCUCCGCCUUCAUCAUACCGCUGAUGUACGGCAACCGUCAGCCCUGAGGAGCCGGACAGAGAUAACCAACAGGACUGAUGUGAACUGAGAAUCCCCCGUUCAGUUUUCCUUGUGUGCCCUUUGCACAUUUUCUUCCUUAGACUAACGAUAUCCUAAUGUUUGGAUGUUUAGACUUGUUGGCGUUUCAUAUCUCGACAGGAGUUCAGAAUUGGUCAGCCAACAGAUGUGGCUGCUCCGUGGACCACAGCUAAAGUCAGAAAAACAUACAAAUAUUGAUACUUGGUCAUUUGAUUUUAUUUGUCACGAAUCAAAAUUGUCUUGAAAAAUAGCGACUGACCCUGAACUCCUGCAGAGAUGUGAAAGUCAUAAUAGAUGAAUGUACUUCCAAAAUGAUGAAAAGACCUCUUUACCUUUUGUCCUUCUUAAUUCUCUUGCAGUGCUUUACAUAUCCCCUCUUCCUACCACUCUUUAAGUCCUCCCCUCUUCUCCCGUACUGUAUACUCAACUUGUUUAUGAAAAAACCUCCUUUGUCUCGUGACCGUGGACCGAGCUGACGGGUCAGCUGCGUUCUGUUUUUGCCACAGUGUGGCUUUGAAGGACUCACUUGCUGAAGAACUGCCUCCAGAUUGCUUUUUAGAUCACGGACUGAUUGCAGUGAUGAGAUUUUGGUUCGACCCAAUCUGAGCAUAAUGCAUUUGUAUUUUGUUGUGGCUUUCAGCUAGUGUGAGCCCAGUAAGCCUGAAAUAUUUUGUCAUGUGGAAAGUUGUAGGGUGGGGUGGAGGGUGAACUUCCAUGUUUCUAAGAAUGUGGACGCAGAAGAAAAAGAGACGAGUACCUGAUGUUGACCACCUCCACAGUAGCGAGGCAAAUCAGGGUGAGAGCUCUGUAUGAAUGCCACAAGUGUAAUUAGAAAAUUGGCAUCAUUUAACAUCUGCACAGAAAAAGAUGUUCACUGUUACAAGUCAUUUCAUCUGAUAUGGAGUCUUAAAAAUGUUCCUUUAAAAUGAAUCUGUUGGUCUUUAGUGACUUUGGGUUUAGUUGCAGUAAGUUGGUGAAUAGUAGUCAUGGUUAUGGUGUUUUUACUUGGCUGUAUGUUAUUAUUUUCAUGAAAUAUUAAUGAAACUUCCAUAUUUCAUCAUGUAGGGUAAAACCCUGGCUUUAGUGCCGAGUUAGAUGAGAAGUUUGAUACCACUCGGAUAACGUUAGCUUAUCUUAGCUGAAGACCGGAAGCAAGGGAAACUAGCUUUAUCCGUCCAAAUGUAAAACAAAGUUAUCUAAAAGUUGACACAUUACACCACAUAUUGUCUGAAACAAAAGAGAUAUUUCAUGUUUGCCUGUGAGCUUCACAAGUGCUGGUAGGAUGGUUACACGGAGCCAGGCUAGCUAUUUCCCGCUGCUUCCUGUCUCGCUAAGCUAACGGUCUCCUGGUUGUCGCAUCGUAUUUAAUGAACAAAUGUGAGAGUGCUAUCAAUUUUCUCACUAACUUUUGGCAAGAAAACCAAUUAGUUUUCCCAAAAUGUCAAACUAAAACCUUUUUAAGUCAGUAUUGUAUUAUUACUUUAGUUUAAUAAAAAAGGGACAGCCUCACAAGACUAAUCGUUAGAUGAGAUGACUUGUACAUCAAGAUGCUCGCACUUUAGACUGACCCACAUCAUGAAUCACGAUGUGUGAAAUGAUGAAGGGACAAAUAUUCCCUGCAGCAGGGAGGAUUUAAUUAAAUUAAUAAUUGUUUUUAAAAAAAAAAAAUAUAUAUAUAUAUAUAUAUAUAUAUAUAUAUAUAUAUCACGGAAUACAAUCAAAGUCAAUCUGGACAAAAGUUUGACAGAGGAAAAGAACGGAAACUUUUUGUUUGCUUUAACAUGGUUUGCAUGUUUCAUACGCUUUACAUGCUCGACAUGGAUCUCGUUUGUCUUCAGAGGGUCACAAUGUUCCGGGUUUGGAUGUAGUGAUUUUGUCAGUGCAUGCAGUGACAUAUUAGGCUGGGAAUAUGAGUGACGGUGCAAUGGUUUACACUGCUGUUUAGAUUUUUUUUAUGGACUGAAUUCGUAUUUCUGUAAUGUAACAAAGCGUUUGUGAUAAUGUUAUUUGUUUGUAGAUGUGCAUAGACCUGGAUAUAAUUCCAAGAGUUAUUAGCAUCCCAGACAUUUAGCAUAUGUGCUAAGGGUAUGAUUGGUUGCGAGAGACGGGAAUGAAAUGAAACAAAAAUGCUAAUAAGCAGACACAGAACUUAAUUUUUCAUUUUGCACUUUUUUUAAAGCCAUGUCGGCGAACAUGAAGAGUUCCACUUGUCUGAAAACAGAGCGUCAGAAACUUUAUGUCCGUGUGUAUUUUUUUUUCUUCUCUUCUCUCCAUCAUUAUUCUGCAUUCAUACAGGCUACACUGCUCAGCCAGCCACAUUGGGUUGAGAUGUAGCACAGGCAGUCUGGUGGAAGAAGAAACUAUCAACUUCAGGAUCAAUAAAUAAAAGUCAUAAUUUGUUUAAAGUUUGAUUCCAGUCUGAGAAAGAAAUAACAGCAUCAAAUUAAUAACUUUUAUAAAAGAAAAAAUCCUUGACUGACAAAAAUAAACAGUGAUAGUUUAGAUUGUAUAAUUUGUAGCACAGAUUUUUACUUUAGGCUCUACUGCAACGUGACAAUUUGUCUCCUUAUUUCAUAAAAUCGGGUGAUUGACUGAAUCCAAAGAUCAUUUGGAAAUCGUGCACUGCCACUACCUUGUUAAAGGGAAUCAUUUGACAUUUUGGGACACACACACUUCCUGGCUUUCUGGUGUAAUGCAUUUCCCAAAAUAUCACACUUUUGUUUUACGUCACAUGAUAUGUGCCAUUGUGUAGCAUGGGCUAUGUAUCAUCUUAGCUUUGACUCUUUUGCAGUUGACAAUUACCAACAUUCCUCUCAGCAGCAGUCAUUUAUAUUUGUCUAAAAUCCAUAUGGUGCAUUUUUACUCCUCGACAUUCCACGAAAGAAUAUUUGAAUAUGUCAUUAUUUGUUGUUGCAUCUGUAAUUCCAUCAUUUUAAAACUUUUAUUGAAUGUCUUUGUUAUAUUUCUGUUUUGUUGAGUCAAAUCUGUCCCGCCGCCACCUAAACGUCAAAAUGGGGCAUCAGACAAUGUGUUGAACGUUCAUCCUCAUACCUGUCAUUACGCCUUGUCCUCUUAGAUGAAUGUCAAAAAAUGAAUAUAGGAUUUUGUUUGUUUCGUGCCACCCAACUGCUGCACAUCAACUCAGGUUCAAUUAUCAUAAAGUGGACCAGAUGUUAAGAGUGAUUUUCUAAACGAUGGGGAGUCCUCCAGGGCGGUUUAUUGGUUCCACUACAUUUGUAAAUAUUUGAGGAAGCUCUUGAAAGUUUACUUUGUCCCUUGUUUGAAGUUGCUGUAUUGUGAAAGUAGUCAUUGUUGGUGUUUUUUUUCUACCUUUUAGACUAUAAAGUUUGUAACGGGAAAAGGAGAAAAGCUGGGCUUUUUUUCUUUCUGUAGCAUAGAGGAAGUUUGAAGCCCAGUGGGGAACCAUUUCUAAGUGACCAUUGUGCUAGCCUCGACCUCCCCGUAUGUGAAUGUGAAAUGUUCCUCGUGCAAAAAAAAAAGCAAUGUUUACCUUC